GCUAUACUGUAUAGUACCACAGCCCCACCUCUAGACCAAAGCAGGAAGAAGUGAAACUAAAUGAGCUCAAUACGACUGAUACAGGAAGUUACUCGCACCGGCUUGCAAGUUUGUCAAAAUGCCACCCACAAAUGGUCACAACCAGCAGGGGAAAAAAGACAGAGACUUUGCUGGGAGGAAACUGAAGUCACUUCCCAAGUCAAUUUUUGAUAACAGCGAGAUCAUCACAAAGGUUGACUUACAGCGCAACAGACUGAAACAGGUCAGUGGGAUUUCUCAGCUUGUUAACCUUACAGAGCUGAUUCUGUCCAGAAAUGAAUUGGCAGAUUUUCCUGAGGAGAUUGGAAAACUCCAUCACUUAAAGACAUUGUACAUCAAUCAAAACAUCAUCAAGUGUAUACCUGAGAAUGUUUUCCCAAGUCUACAACAACUUGAAUUUCUCAAGUUAAGCACAAACCGCUUAACAGAGCUCCCGUCUGACAUCAACCAGUGCCAAAGCCUCAAUUACCUGAAUGCAUCAAACAACUACUUGAAGGAUCUGCAAGCCCUGGUGGGUGUUCCAAAACUUCAGAAUUUGUAUGUGGAAAAUAACAGGCUGACAGAUCUCCCUGAGGAGUUAUUUACGAAUCUGAUCAUGUUCAAGGCCACUGGCAACCCACUUAGGAAGCCACCAGAGGACAUCUGUAUUGGUGGCUUAAAAGACAUUCGCUCCUAUUUCACAAUGUUAAGGGCCAGCUCAUCCCCAGUGACAGUCAAGACCAUCAAGACAAUGUUCCUUGGAUCAUCAAUGGCAGGGAAGUCCACACUCUGUCGCAGUUUUCAGAGUUCCAGUCCAGUGGAAGUCGAUGUAGCUGACAGGACUGUGGGCAUUGAAAUUGUCGAGGUAGAAAAAGGAGGUGUCCGUUUCCUCUGCUGGGAUUUUGCUGGACAAGAAGAGUACUACAUAACCCACCAUGUCUUCAUAACCCCCCAGGCAUUUGUCAUCCUCGCAAUUGAUUUGUCAAGCUAUGACCCCUCAAACCCCCAGUCCUUUGAGGAGCACGUGAGCUUUUGGAUUAGCAAUAUCCAGUUGCGGGUCCCUGACUCUGUGGUUUUACCAGUGGGAACUCAUGUUGACCAGUGUUGGGAUGAAAUGGACGUUGACCGCAAGAAAGAGCAUAUCAACAGUGAGCUGCAGAGAAUGCUAACUGAUAGGACAGAAACUUUACAGGAACUGAAAAAGACGCUACAGGAAUCAGACGACCCCUCGCUUUACUCAGACCAGAUGAAUGACCUUAGUAGGCUUACACACUACAAGCUAAAGGUACUUGACCUUCUGCUUGUUGACUGCACCAAACCUGAAGAUAUUCUGAAGUUCCAAGAUCACACUCUGAAGGAAGUCACAAAUAAGGAAAACUUUCCAAGCAUUGAGAGGACACUACCAGGGAUCUAUCAAGAAGUAGAGAAAGAGAUUCAAGAUCUCCUCAGAGAAGAUGACAUACCUCAGCAUGGAAGAGUGAGUCUUUCUGACCUGUUAGAUAUAUAUAUCAGUCAAAAGGAACUGGAUCCAGAAAACAUCAAGUGCAUUCUACGUUACUUCCACCGGAUCGGGGUAAUUGUUUGGUAUGAGGAAAUUAAGUCUCUAAAAGACGAUGUGUUUCUGAAGCCAUCUGUCUUGAUUACACUAUUUAAGGCCAUCAUAAGACAUGACUUGGAAAAGCAAAUUAAAGACAUCACAAUGCAACAGCUGCGUCGCAUGAAGGUCCUGAACAAGCACAGGGAGACCUGGUUGAGUGACUAUAAGGACAAAGCCACCCUACACAAUGUAGCCAUAUCAAUCCUGGUGCAGAAAGAGCUUGAAUCUUUGGACCUUGAUGAUCCAGACCUUGUUAAAGAAAUUGUAGGCAAUGGCAAUAGGCCAGGGAGCCUACUUUGCCUCCUUCAGCACUUUGAAGUGUGUCUACCAACUAAAAUAACAAGCCCACUCAAUCCCGAAGCCCCAGAGUUCCACCCCAACCAAAGGUGGAAGGCCUCUAACCCCAUCGUGUACGACCCUGACAGCGCCUGCAUGUUCCCCAGCUAUCUACAGAACAAUGAUAGAGUUUUUGAAAGGUGGGGGGAGGAUAAGCUGAGUGACCUCAACAUUCACAUAUACUUCAUCCCAGAGAUUCCUUAUGGAUUUUUCCACAGACUCGUCAUCAAGACCUGUCCACUGUAUCCCACUAACUGGGUGGGGAAAGACCAAUGCUUUUUUACCUCUGGGAAAACUCAGACGCUAGUUAAAGUGAAAAAUGUGGAGGGGGACCAAUACAUUAACAUCCGCUGCAGAACUGAAGAACAGACAGACAAAAACGAAAUAAAGAAGUCUUGGCAGAUGGUCCGAGAGAUCAUGCGUAAGAUGGAUCAGCUGGCCCAGGAGUGGCCUGGCCUAGUCCAACAUGUCCACAGUCCCUGUAAGGAGUAUGGCUGCUCUGGAUACUUUCGGUGGGGAGAUUGGAAAGACUGGGAAGAGUCCUCUGGAUCAGGCAAGAGUGACAGUAGCACUAAAGAGGAAAAAGUGAUCUGCCACAAUGGGCAUACACGACGGAUCGAGCUGAUUUAUCCCAAAGGACUGUUCAGCUCUGAUUCUACGGAAAACCAGGCUGCUUGAGCAUCAUCAACAUGAUCUGUUUAGGUACAAUCUAAAGUGAAUAAUGACAACCCCAAUGAAUAUUAAGUCCAUCUGUCACAUGAACUGUGUCUAAAAUCUAUUAUGUCUGUAAUUUUUUGUGACCUUAUAAAGUACACUAUGUUUAAUGUAUCACUAAAAAUUAGAGAAGACUGUAGAAUGUCAUCAUUUGUCCGUUAAAUUAUUGAAGAUUGUCUUAAUGAAAAAACAUGUUUUGUUGUGAAUUAUUUCUAUGCUAUACCACUGGGGGGUGCUAUACACUCUUCUCUACUGUAAAUCUAAAGUUGCUCUUGGAUGGAUGAGGAGGUUUGGGUAUCAGGUAAAGUCUUCUGUUUUAGCACUCAAUUCCUCCGUAAUAACACUCGAGAUGUGUAUUGAGUGUUAUCAACACCUUAACCAGAAUGUAGGCUACAUUUGUUUGGGUUGUGGACGCACCUUACUUAUAAAUCAGUUUUCUGUUUGAUAGAUAGAUAGAUAGAUACUUCCAUAACCCCAAACAGAAUUUCAAAAUUUGGGAAAAUUGGGAAAACUAGGUCAGGAACGACUUCAGUUUCAAAAACAUGUGGCAUGCUGGCCAGGACAAGGUUUUGUCCAGACAGAACAGUCUUGCUGGCAGGUGGCCAGGCUUCUUAGGAAUCUUAGACCAGCCAAAUGCUUAUGCCAAAUGCUUUUCACUUUUCUUUUUAUUAUCAUGAUCAACUUAAUGAGCAUAUAGUUUGUGACACUACAUAACAAUGUAAUUUGCCCCUUUGAUGACCAGUGUCAUAAUACGCAAAGCUAGAAGACUGCGAAGUAUUAGGCUAAAGGGUGCCAGUAAGUGGGAGCGUUUGUGCGUAAUUAUAACUGAAAAUGGGCUUAUGUAGCGCUAUACGAAAUCAAAGUUUAUCGAUAUUUUAUAAGAAAAAAGUUUGGACUUCUAAUUAGACGACUUUAUCAACUACAUACGUAUCUGACCUGUGUCCUUCAGUGUUCGGUAUACCAUUGUGUUCACCGCUGUAGGCUAUUUGAAGCGGCCAAUGGUUUUGGAAAUGGGAACCUCGGAAUGUAAAUUAGCACAGCUCGUGCCCGCUGUGGUUGAAAGAGCUGAAUUGUUUAUUGAGAUCCCAGAGCCAUGCGCCUGGCUCGCGAAGCUGGUGUUCAGUUGAAUCACACAGCGGGGCGGGAUCUCCCCCCUUGGGGAACGUGCAACACCAAAAGGGGUGGGCCUGUCACGGCAACAUGCCACGCAUUCUGAACUGGAGAGUUUACUCUCUGGCACGGCCACCAUGGCAUAGAGCGCACCACUGAACUGUUGCGGCUAUGCUGCUAUUGGCCAGGUAUGUCCGCAGAUGAAGUACGCUGGUGCCAACAGUGUGAGAGAUGUCAGCUGGCUAAGGACACUCAACCAGCCAUCCGCAGCUUUAUGGGCCACUUGCUGGCUGCUCACCCAAUCGAAAUUCUCGCCAUUGACUUUACAGUUCUAGAACCCUCUAUGUCUGGCCAUGAGAACAUUCUAGUGUUGACGAAUGUCUUCAGCAAGUACACCUUGGCAGUACCAACUAGGGACCAGCCGGCGGUGACUGUGGCCAGAGUCCUUGUGGGGGGAUGGUUCAAGUUCGGGGUGCCUGGUCGGAUUCAUUCAGACCAGGGGAGAAGCUCCUCCAGCAACUAUAUACGUACGUUGUAUGGGGUACAAAAGUUUCACACUACACCAUACCAUGCAGCUGGAAACGGCCAGUGCGAGUGCUUUAACCGUACGCUUCAUACUUACUCUGUACUCUGCCCGUCUCUAAGAAACGAGACUGGGUAUCCUGUCUCCCCCAGGUGCUGUUUUGUUACAACAGCACCCCUCAUCAAGUGACUGGGGAAUCCCCUUUCUAUCUCAUGUUCGGCCAGGAACCGCUAACCUGACUUUCGCCAGAUCCUGCAGUUCGCUGUCUGCUUCACACAAGGAUCUGGGACUUCUCGAUAGGGUAUGUAUUUCUGAAGGCGGGUCCUUGUAAAACAUCCUCGCAUGUGAUUUGAUAAACCACUUGCCUGUUAUCUUGAAUGACGUGCUCGGCUUCUUCAAGCUCUUGCCAAACCCGGUCGGAAGAAGAGUAAAAACAUCCUUGCCACCAAUAAAUGUCUAAAACUAUUCUCUGUUAAUCUUUUAAAGAAUGAAUACUCGAUAGUUCCGACAAAACGGUUGAAAUAGCAGAAUCAAUGUCAGCACAAGACUCCUCGCUGCGUGCCGCCAUUGUUAUUUGAAUCAAACACUCGCUUCGGCGCUCCUGAUUGGUUGCUCAUUUUUUGAGCAACCGCCAGGGGUUUGGAUUGCCCUCGCGUCCAGACCCUUGUGUGGAGCUCAGCGAAACGCCUCUGGUGGAGCAUGGCGGAACUACAAGGGUCUGGCGAGAGUCAGGCUAAGGAACCGCAUCUUCCAAUUGAUUUUCUGUUUGGCCAGGUCCAAGAGCCAACGGUCGAGAGAGUGCAUGAUUGGGUCCUGGAGCACCAAACUCGGCUGCAGGUAGCGUUUGAGGGGGCACAGGAAUGCCUACAGGUGGCAGCAGACAGUCGUAAGGCCCGACAUGACCAGAAUGUUCGUGAUGCACCACUGGAGGAGGGUCAAAGGGUAUAUCUGAGAGAUCUUGCCGUACGGGGCCAGCACAAGAAAGAUCCAUGACCUGUGGAGUCGAGUGGUACAUCAGGUCAUGAAGGCAACUCCGCAAGGAGGCUCUGUUUAUACCAUAACACUGGUGGGUAACCUACAACAAAUAAAGCAUGUUCAUCGUACGCUGUUAAAGGUGUGUGUUGAACGAAAACCUGCGGUCGACAAUCUGCCAGGUGGCCCUCAAACACCAUGUGCUCCACCUAAGACUGGUGACAAUGUGGAUGAUGACGAUAGUGAUGCAUUGCUGGUUUUGAUCCCUGGAUCACCUCAACCUUCCACGAGGCCACUAGUAAACCUUGUCCCACCCAUCCCUGUUGACCCAGACGGUGGAGAGAGGCCCAUAGCCUCACCAACUUUGUCUCAUCGCAUCUUCCUCUGUAGCUACUGAGGUGGGUUUGCGACGGACAAUGUGCGCAACAGCUGGAAAGCAUUCCAAUCCUAACCGGCUACUGCAAGCCAUAGGGGAAUAGAGAGAGAAUGUUCCCAAUCCAAUCUCUUAAGUUUAUAGUGUCUUGGGUCGUGGUGGAGUCAGUCCCUUACUUAAUUCAUCGUCAGGACGACGACUCAAAAGGAAAGGGUAGAUUGUAGGCGGACGAGUCCUUACCUAGACCAUGGUGAUAGUCAGAGGUGGGCACAAAUACAUCAAAAACUAUUUUGUUACAAAAUACAAAUACUGGCUUAGAAAAUGUAACAAAAUAAAAUACAAAAUACUGAUAUGAAAAAUGUAUUUAAUUAAAAUACAAGUAAUUAGUAAUUAGAAAAUACAAAAAUACCCCCACAAUAAUCAUGGUAUACCAACUUUUAAAAUAAACUACAAGAAAUCCUAUUUUUUUAUUGGCUGACAGAGGCCUAAAUUCUUUACUUUGGGCUGAAGCCUGGUCCUACCAUACUCUCGUACAUUCAUAAUGUACAGAGAGUCUGGCCACUUUCCAUUGCCAAGCAUGAAUUUCCUUGAAUGCGGACACUUUAUUGUUUAAAACAAUUGGAUCUGCCCAGAGCCACUCAGAUCUGCCAUAACCAAUCGCUAUACGUUUGGUCGCGAGGAGACAUGCUCAAACUAGCGACCUCAACAUCAUCGUUCUCAGCUACUCCCUCUGUUCGCUGAUUGGACCUGCACAUUUUUGUCUUGAGAAAACCUGUGAAUAUACCGCAGACCCAGACUACGUAGUGAAGUGAAAUGAAAACUGAACGGAAGUACGUAGGAAGGCGGAGCCAGGCUACCCAUGACGUAGAUCUAGUAAAAAAAUGUAAUCAGCAUCCCAUAUCAAUAUAAACGAUGAUUGAACUGACAACAAGCAGGCUUUGCAACAGUGGAAUCAACUGUGAUAAAGCAAACUACCCCCAUGAUUUUCCAUGUUCAAUGAAAGUAGUACGACAGAUUGAACAGGUUAGCCUUUUUAAAUUGAACAGCAUUUCCCUUUUUGUUCUAUAAAUGCAUGCCUUUGCCUUCAUACAUGACUGACAACACCGGGGACAAAUAAAGUAACAUCCUGUAAGGUGUCUCAAUAAACAGAAUUAAUUAACUGGGUGGUGAAAACUCCUCCAUUAUUUCUGCAGAUCAGGACGCCUUGGUUGAUCCCUUACAUAAAUCCUCAUGUCAAAGGUUAUGGUCAUGGGGUUCAUGUCAUGUUCUCCCUCAGUGUCUUAUCUGUAUCGUUUUCAAAUUUUAGUCUUGUUGCACUUGACACACCUGACAAUUCAAGCUCCUGAAGUCAACUUUCAACAGAUGAUGACAACAGAAAAGACACAUCUAAUGCUUUUAAGUUGUCUACAUGGUGACAUAAAAUCUGUCUGUACUGUAUUUCUGAUUGAUUAGGUGUUAAUGUAGUAGCCAAAGACGUAGCUUUUCUUCAGAAAACAAGGAAAUAUCUACAUGUAUGUGACCCCAAACUUUUGUAUAUUUAUUUGUAGAGGAAAUCAACAGCAUUGUCUGAUGCCAUUAUCUGUUCUUUACAGUAGCACUAAAGAGGAAAAAGUGAUCUGCCACAAUGGGCAUACACGACGGAUCGAGCUGAUUUAUCCCAAAGGACUGUUCAGCUCUGAUUCUACGGAAAACCAGGCUGCUUGAGCAUCAUCAACAUGAUCUGUUUAGGUACAAUCUAAAGUGAAUAAUGACAACCCCAAUGAAUAUUAAGUCCAUCUGUCACAUGAACUGUGUCUAAAAUCUAUUAUGUCUGUAAUUUUUUGUGACCUUAUAAAGUACACUAUGUUUAAUGUAUCACUAAAAAUUAGAGAAGACUGUAGAAUGUCAUCAUUUGUCCGUUAAAUUAUUGAAGAUUGUCUUAAUGAAAAAACAUGUUUUGUUGUGAAUUAUUUCUAUGCUAUACCACUGGGGGGUGCUAUACACUCUUCUCUACUGUAAAUCUAAAGUUGCUCUUGGAUGGAUGAGGAGGUUUGGGUAUCAGGUAAAGUCUUCUGUUUUAGCACUCAAUUCCUCCGUAAUAACACUCGAGAUGUGUAUUGAGUGUUAUCAACACCUUAACCAGAAUGUAGGCUACAUUUGUUUGGGUUGUGGACGCACCUUACUUAUAAAUCAGUUUUCUGUUUGAUAGAUAGAUAGAUAGAUACUUCCAUAACCCCAAACAGAAUUUCAAAAUUUGGGAAAAUUGGGAAAACUAGGUCAGGAACGACUUCAGUUUCAAAAACAUGUGGCAUGCUGGCCAGGACAAGGUUUUGUCCAGACAGAACAGUCUUGCUGGCAGGUGGCCAGGCUUCUUAGGAAUCUUAGACCAGCCAAAUGCUUAUGCCAAAUGCUUUUCACUUUUCUUUUUAUUAUCAUGAUCAACUUAAUGAGCAUAUAGUUUGUGACACUACAUAACAAUGUAAUUUGCCCCUUUGAUGACCAGUGUCAUAAUACGCAAAGCUAGAAGACUGCGAAGUAUUAGGCUAAAGGGUGCCAGUAAGUGGGAGCGUUUGUGCGUAAUUAUAACUGAAAAUGGGCUUAUGUAGCGCUAUACGAAAUCAAAGUUUAUCGAUAUUUUAUAAGAAAAAAGUUUGGACUUCUAAUUAGACGACUUUAUCAACUACAUACGUAUCUGACCUGUGUCCUUCAGUGUUCGGUAUACCAUUGUGUUCACCGCUGUAGGCUAUUUGAAGCGGCCAAUGGUUUUGGAAAUGGGAACCUCGGAAUGUAAAUUAGCACAGCUCGUGCCCGCUGUGGUUGAAAGAGCUGAAUUGUUUAUUGAGAUCCCAGAGCCAUGCGCCUGGCUCGCGAAGCUGGUGUUCAGUUGAAUCACACAGCGGGGCGGGAUCUCCCCCCUUGGGGAACGUGCAACACCAAAAGGGGUGGGCCUGUCACGGCAACAUGCCACGCAUUCUGAACUGGAGAGUUUACUCUCUGGCACGGCCACCAUGGCAUAGAGCGCACCACUGAACUGUUGCGGCUAUGCUGCUAUUGGCCAGGUAUGUCCGCAGAUGAAGUACGCUGGUGCCAACAGUGUGAGAGAUGUCAGCUGGCUAAGGACACUCAACCAGCCAUCCGCAGCUUUAUGGGCCACUUGCUGGCUGCUCACCCAAUCGAAAUUCUCGCCAUUGACUUUACAGUUCUAGAACCCUCUAUGUCUGGCCAUGAGAACAUUCUAGUGUUGACGAAUGUCUUCAGCAAGUACACCUUGGCAGUACCAACUAGGGACCAGCCGGCGGUGACUGUGGCCAGAGUCCUUGUGGGGGGAUGGUUCAAGUUCGGGGUGCCUGGUCGGAUUCAUUCAGACCAGGGGAGAAGCUCCUCCAGCAACUAUAUACGUACGUUGUAUGGGGUACAAAAGUUUCACACUACACCAUACCAUGCAGCUGGAAACGGCCAGUGCGAGUGCUUUAACCGUACGCUUCAUACUUACUCUGUACUCUGCCCGUCUCUAAGAAACGAGACUGGGUAUCCUGUCUCCCCCAGGUGCUGUUUUGUUACAACAGCACCCCUCAUCAAGUGACUGGGGAAUCCCCUUUCUAUCUCAUGUUCGGCCAGGAACCGCUAACCUGACUUUCGCCAGAUCCUGCAGUUCGCUGUCUGCUUCACACAAGGAUCUGGGACUUCUCGAUAGGGUAUGUAUUUCUGAAGGCGGGUCCUUGUAAAACAUCCUCGCAUGUGAUUUGAUAAACCACUUGCCUGUUAUCUUGAAUGACGUGCUCGGCUUCUUCAAGCUCUUGCCAAACCCGGUCGGAAGAAGAGUAAAAACAUCCUUGCCACCAAUAAAUGUCUAAAACUAUUCUCUGUUAAUCUUUUAAAGAAUGAAUACUCGAUAGUUCCGACAAAACGGUUGAAAUAGCAGAAUCAAUGUCAGCACAAGACUCCUCGCUGCGUGCCGCCAUUGUUAUUUGAAUCAAACACUCGCUUCGGCGCUCCUGAUUGGUUGCUCAUUUUUUGAGCAACCGCCAGGGGUUUGGAUUGCCCUCGCGUCCAGACCCUUGUGUGGAGCUCAGCGAAACGCCUCUGGUGGAGCAUGGCGGAACUACAAGGGUCUGGCGAGAGUCAGGCUAAGGAACCGCAUCUUCCAAUUGAUUUUCUGUUUGGCCAGGUCCAAGAGCCAACGGUCGAGAGAGUGCAUGAUUGGGUCCUGGAGCACCAAACUCGGCUGCAGGUAGCGUUUGAGGGGGCACAGGAAUGCCUACAGGUGGCAGCAGACAGUCGUAAGGCCCGACAUGACCAGAAUGUUCGUGAUGCACCACUGGAGGAGGGUCAAAGGGUAUAUCUGAGAGAUCUUGCCGUACGGGGCCAGCACAAGAAAGAUCCAUGACCUGUGGAGUCGAGUGGUACAUCAGGUCAUGAAGGCAACUCCGCAAGGAGGCUCUGUUUAUACCAUAACACUGGUGGGUAACCUACAACAAAUAAAGCAUGUUCAUCGUACGCUGUUAAAGGUGUGUGUUGAACGAAAACCUGCGGUCGACAAUCUGCCAGGUGGCCCUCAAACACCAUGUGCUCCACCUAAGACUGGUGACAAUGUGGAUGAUGACGAUAGUGAUGCAUUGCUGGUUUUGAUCCCUGGAUCACCUCAACCUUCCACGAGGCCACUAGUAAACCUUGUCCCACCCAUCCCUGUUGACCCAGACGGUGGAGAGAGGCCCAUAGCCUCACCAACUUUGUCUCAUCGCAUCUUCCUCUGUAGCUACUGAGGUGGGUUUGCGACGGACAAUGUGCGCAACAGCUGGAAAGCAUUCCAAUCCUAACCGGCUACUGCAAGCCAUAGGGGAAUAGAGAGAGAAUGUUCCCAAUCCAAUCUCUUAAGUUUAUAGUGUCUUGGGUCGUGGUGGAGUCAGUCCCUUACUUAAUUCAUCGUCAGGACGACGACUCAAAAGGAAAGGGUAGAUUGUAGGCGGACGAGUCCUUACCUAGACCAUGGUGAUAGUCAGAGGUGGGCACAAAUACAUCAAAAACUAUUUUGUUACAAAAUACAAAUACUGGCUUAGAAAAUGUAACAAAAUAAAAUACAAAAUACUGAUAUGAAAAAUGUAUUUAAUUAAAAUACAAGUAAUUAGUAAUUAGAAAAUACAAAAAUACCCCCACAAUAAUCAUGGUAUACCAACUUUUAAAAUAAACUACAAGAAAUCCUAUUUUUUUAUUGGCUGACAGAGGCCUAAAUUCUUUACUUUGGGCUGAAGCCUGGUCCUACCAUACUCUCGUACAUUCAUAAUGUACAGAGAGUCUGGCCACUUUCCAUUGCCAAGCAUGAAUUUCCUUGAAUGCGGACACUUUAUUGUUUAAAACAAUUGGAUCUGCCCAGAGCCACUCAGAUCUGCCAUAACCAAUCGCUAUACGUUUGGUCGCGAGGAGACAUGCUCAAACUAGCGACCUCAACAUCAUCGUUCUCAGCUACUCCCUCUGUUCGCUGAUUGGACCUGCACAUUUUUGUCUUGAGAAAACCUGUGAAUAUACCGCAGACCCAGACUACGUAGUGAAGUGAAAUGAAAACUGAACGGAAGUACGUAGGAAGGCGGAGCCAGGCUACCCAUGACGUAGAUCUAGUAAAAAAAUGUAAUCAGCAUCCCAUAUCAAUAUAAACGAUGAUUGAACUGACAACAAGCAGGCUUUGCAACAGUGGAAUCAACUGUGAUAAAGCAAACUACCCCCAUGAUUUUCCAUGUUCAAUGAAAGUAGUACGACAGAUUGAACAGGUUAGCCUUUUUAAAUUGAACAGCAUUUCCCUUUUUGUUCUAUAAAUGCAUGCCUUUGCCUUCAUACAUGACUGACAACACCGGGGACAAAUAAAGUAACAUCCUGUAAGGUGUCUCAAUAAACAGAAUUAAUUAACUGGGUGGUGAAAACUCCUCCAUUAUUUCUGCAGAUCAGGACGCCUUGGUUGAUCCCUUACAUAAAUCCUCAUGUCAAAGGUUAUGGUCAUGGGGUUCAUGUCAUGUUCUCCCUCAGUGUCUUAUCUGUAUCGUUUUCAAAUUUUAGUCUUGUUGCACUUGACACACCUGACAAUUCA